AUGGGAAUUGCAAGAGGCGCCAAGUUACAGGUCUCCAACCGUGGAACUGCAGCACUUUCAUUGAGGUGUUCUAGAUCAAAAAUAUCUAAUCCCUUCAGCAUUUUCUAUGACGGAAAGCCGAUCAAGUUCUCUUUUAAUGUCAUCCUUGUUGCUUUAAUCUUGACCAUUAUCAUCUCUCGGACCACUCAAAUUCUUCUCAAGCCUCUCAGACAGCCUAGGUUGGUUUCUGACAUGAUUGGCGGCAUUCUCAUGGGACCCUCUCUCAUGGCGCAAAGCCCGAUGUUUGUGAGCAUGGUGUUUCCCCUUACCGCCGAGUUCUUGCUGAAAAACUUGGGACUAAUAGGGUUGAUGUUAUUUCUUUUUUUAAGUGGCGUGAAAAUGGACAUAGGGUUGUUAACACGAUCAGGAAAAAAACAAAUUUGUAUAGCCCUGGUGAGUGUUUUCUCACCUCUCGUAGUAGUGACGGUUGUAGCAUUUUGUACUCGGAAAUCAAUGGACGAACAACUAGCAAGAUUUUCUUCGACUGGAGCAAUUGCCUCAUCUAUGGCGGUGUCAACAUUUCCCAUUCAGUACGUUGUGCUUCAAGAACUGAACCUUCUUAGCUCCGACGUCGGGAUUAUGACAUUGUCCACAGCAUUAAUUAGCGACUCAUUUGGGUUUAAUUUUAUUUCCGCUUUUGAGGCAAUGAAACAAUCGGAAGUAUCGACUGCAUGUGCUCUGUGGUAUUUGUUGUCCACAUUUGUUUUUGUAGUAUUCUUGCUGGGUUCCGCUCAUCAGGCAAUGUUGUGGAUUAUCCGGAAAACCCCAGAGGGACAACCAGUGGAUCAGAUUUACGUGAUUACCAUAUUCUUAUCAGUGUUUGGGUUUGGGUUUUUGUCAGACAUGUUCGGCUUAGCCAUUUGUAACGGCUCAUUUUGGUUAGGUUUGGUGAUUCCCAGCGGACCGCCGCUUGGGGCAACCUUGGUGGAGAAAAGCGAGACAAUUAUAAUGGAAGUAUUUAUGCCAUGUACAUAUGUGUUUUUUGGAUUGAACACAGAUUUUCAUGCAAUGCAGGAAGCUGGGUGGUCCGCCUUAAGCCCACUUUUUGGUUUGAUUAUUUCAGGUUAUUUGUCUAAAUUCCUCUCCACUCUGCUGGCUGCGAGGUUGGUUGAUUUAUCAUGGAGAGAGAGCCUUGCUGUCAGCCUUGUUUUGAGCUUGAGGGGUCAAGUGGAGCUUAUUCUUUACUACCAUUGGGUGGACAAAGAUAUAAUAGGGGUAGCAGGGUUCACAAUGCUGAUGUACACAACCGCAAUUCUAAUGGGAAUUCUUACACCUAUGAUCAGCAUUCUGUAUGAUCCCUCAAAGCCUUACAUGGUAAGCCAGAGGAGGACCAUUCAACAUACAGCUCCAAAUGAUUAUCUCAGGAUACUUGUGUGCAUCAAGGACAAAGAGCACUUGCAAACCAUUGUUAACCUUCUUCAAGUCUCUUAUCCCACUUCUCAAAAUCCAUUCUCCAUUCACGUCUUUCACCACGUCGAUUUCAUCGGCCGUGGUAACCCUUUGUUUAUAGACCACCAAAAACAGGAAUUUGGAGAGCUCGCCAGUAGGUUCCCAGACUGGGAAAGGAUCCACAAUGCUCUAACCUUGUAUCAAGAAAGCAGAGAAGACUGCGUAGACCUCCAAUUUUUCUCGGCUUCGACGGCAAAAAUAACAAUGUAUCAGGAUGUGUGCAAGCUCGCUUUGGAAAGCAACUCUGUUAUCAUCAUUUUACCUUUGGAGAAGAAAUGUGACGGAGAGAUCGCAGCAGCAGAGCAAUGGGGUGGUGGGAAUCAGUCUGUGAUCAUCCAAGUGAUGGAGAAUGCACCUUGCUCGGUGGGGCUUCUUGUUGACAAGGCCGAGAGAAGGCAACUCCCCCAGGAUGCUGCCCACAGUUUCAUUGUGCUAUUCCUUGGAGGACCAGAUUCUAGAGAGGCUCUGUCUUAUUCAGGUAGGAUGGCUGGGAACCCCAGCGUGUCCCUAACAGUUGUAAGAUUUCUUUCACCCAACGGUGAAGGAGACGAUGAAAUGCAAAAGAAGCUGGACGAUGGGGUGGUCACUUCGUUCUGGGUACAGAACGAAAGAAACGAGAGAGUGAGUUACAGAGAGGUAGUGGCAAGAGAUGGGGCAGAUACAGUUGCGGUAAUAUUGGAAAUGGCAAAAGAUAAAUAUUAUGAUAUGUGGAUCGUAGGGAGAAAACAAGGGAUAAAUCCGAGUCUAUUGGAGGGAUUAUCAACAUGGACAGAAAAUCAAGAAGAGCUUGGGAUAAUUGGGGAUUAUGUAUCAUCUUCUGAGAGUGUUAAUGCAGAUUCUGUGUUGGUGAUUCAAAAGCAAGUUUUGAGAGGCAAUACUGCUGCUGCUACCACUACCUCCACUAAUUCUACAGCAACUACUAGUCGGCGGCGGAGCUUGUUUCGGUGA